AUGCAGGACAAGGUGACAGCGCUGACUGAAUGGCCGCUGCCAAUGCUGGCCAGUCAGAUGGAAGGAGUGGUAGGCCGGCUCGGCGAUGAAGCCAAGGGCUUGCCCAGUCGAUUCGCAAUAUGCAUCCUCAAGAGGCGGUCUGUCCAGGAUGGCAAGGUCCAUGAUAGCAAGUGCUGGGCGUUGGUCGAGGAGUCGUGCGCGGAGACAAAGGAAGAAGGAAAAAACGACAAGAAGAAAAAGACGACCCUAGUAUUGCCGGGAGGCGAUUUCGAGGGCUCUGAAGGACGCAAUUUCCACGUGGGCCAACCCGGCUCGCCCGAGACGGUACGACGGCCAAAAGUUGUGGAUGCCAAAGUGCUGUUUGCCAAGCCUCACUUGCCGCGAAGGCUGGUGUUGCCCGGUAUCAGUGCCCUGCUCCUCGCGCUUGCAAGAAUAAACAGGAGAGCUUUGGACCGACUCCGCUGCACACGCAGCGACCCCCGGCUCGAAAGAGACAGCCUGACUUGGGUGGGCGGGCGCAGGGAAGGGACCAGCGGCUGA